UCUCUCCACCGCAAAAUGCCAAGCACCGAAGUACAGUUCUAGCUACGUGACAGCCAGCACUACACACACCAUCCCUUGUCGACACAAAGACAGUUUGUUUGUAACAGGACAGAAGCCAAGAAGAAAGAAAUGGCGUCGACGGUGGCAAGCCUCUCAAUUCCGGCGACCACCUUCGCGGCGGCGGCGGCCGGCGAUGUGCUCCCAAGGAGGAAGGCCGCCGCCACCGGCCGCGUCUGGUUCCCCGUGGCGCGGCGCGGCGGAGGAUUCGCCGUGAGGUCGACCGGGCCGGCCACGCCGUCGAACAUCUCCGACAAGCUGUCGGAGAGCAUCAAGGAGGCGGAGGAGACGUGCGCGGACGAGAAGGGCACCGCGGAGUGCGCGGCGGCAUGGGACAAUGUGGAGGAGAUCAGCGCCGCGGCGAGCCACGCCCGCGACAACCUCAAGGAGAACAGCGACCCGCUGGAGAAGUACUGCAAGGAGAACCCGGAGACCGACGAGUGCCGCAUCUACGACAACUAAUAAUAAGCGCGUGUGUACAAGUAAUUAAUCGAUCACACGUGUUAUUAGUUUGUUAAUGAAUCAAACGUGUUGAGUUAUUAGUUUGUUAUUAUGUAUAGGCGACAUAAAAGGAAUUGAAGGUUGUGUGGGACAUAAGAAUAAUACUCGGGGAGGAGGAAUGAUGAACACUUGUAUGAAACUACUUGAAUGUAUGGCUAUAUCAUCAUUCAUACUAGGAUGACAAGGGCCUCCCCGGUAUGAAAUUGGGAUGGUAUACUAGUAUUUUUUUGGAUUACUUUCUUGUGGCCAAGCGUGUUUAAAGUUUGGGAUGGACUGACAAAUACUUUGCAUUGUUAAGAAUC